AAAUGCGCGCGCACCACUUAGAAACCAAAGUAAAGAUGGGCGGUUCGCAAUCGCGUCUCGAUCCUCGGAUCCUCGACAGUAGCUCAAAUUAUUGGCCGGAGUUAGAACUUGAGAAGCAAAUUUCUGUUUUUACUUACGAUGAGAAUAAACCAGAAGUGAAGGUUUUGGUGAGAGGUGAUACAGUCUCUGCAGAUCAGCUGUUGAAGAAGGUUGCUAAAGCUCUUGAUAUGAAGAUGGUUGGUAUGAAGAACUUUGGUAUUUUUGAAGGACUACACACACCUAUCAAGAAAUUCAAAUGUUCAGAUAAGGUCAAGACAAGUUCAAAAGGACUGAGUCUACAAAAAUGGUGCUUUGACCUUCGUAAAGAAAAGAAAGAGAUUGUGAAAGAUCCGGUAGCAUUGUACUUAACAUGUCUCCAAGCCAGAUCACAGAUUAUGCAAGGUAUCCUUACUCCAACUCCAGAACAGAUGGCAAAACUAGAAGAUCACAACGAACCAGCCUUCUUGGAUUCCACAUCAUAUCUUUCUGUGUGUCAUUGUAUGGAAGAUUACAUGACAGCCUAUAUCAAGCAUUGUGAACUCAAAAAAGAGCUCUGCAUUGGGUCUCUAAAGUUACCAGUGGGAGCUGUGUUUUCAAUACGAGCAAACAAGAGAGGGAUGAGGCUCCAAGCUGAACAUAAAGAGUACUUUAUCUCAUGGAGGAAGAUGAAGAGGUGGACAAGGGCUGAGGAUGACCUCUAUGUGACCUAUGACCUUUACUCCUGCACCCAUGAUACUUACAGCACCUUGUCAAUAGAGACGCCCCAAGCACCUUACCUGGUUGCUGUUACCAUAGAGAUGAUCAAAACAUUGCAGGGGGAGAUGGAUGGAGUAAUUUUUCAGACGUCUGACCUGAAGAUGGACGAGAAUGGAGAGGUGGUGGAGUGGAAUAAUAUAACCUUUGACCCUGGGCAAUUCAAGGCAGAGACUGAAGCAGGAAAUAAGUACAUUGACCUUUCAACUUUGACAUGAGGUCAUGAGCAACAUUACCUUUGACCCUGGACAGGUCAAGUCAGAGACUGAGACAUGAAACAGGUGCAAUGACCUUUUAACGUUGACAUUAGGUUGUUCUCUAUUUGUUGACUCUAAUAUGGAGACAAAGCAUUGAGAAAGGUAAUCUUUUACAUGAUGUUAUUUGUCUCGUGUCUGUAAAUUUCAAGAUGGAGGUAGAAAGUUUGUUGAGUUAUGAAUUGAAAAUGGUCAUACACUUCCUGUGAAAAUGGGCUGUCUGUCCUCAAUAGGGCUGAAGCAAGCAAUAAGUUGAUAUUUUGACCUUUUCAACUUCGAUAGUAAGGCACUAUGGGAUCCUUUUACCAAUUGUGUCUGAAUACUUUUAGUCAAAGCAGUACAAAAUUUGACUAAAAUUCUUUCAAAUCACUUGAGUGCAUUUCAUAAUAAUUGCAUGUUUAUCCAUGCAUGAUAUAUACACCACAAAGCCUUACUUUAUAUUAAUCCACAUGGCUUUCAAAAUUAAAUUGCAUGUAAAAUAUGGGAAAGUGUCUUUCAAAUACUUGAUUAAUGAUAUAGUUUUAUAUUUCAUCCAAAACCAUUUCUAAUGAAUGAAUUUACCAACUUUUUUUUAAUUCUGAAUGAUAAAAUGUUAUAUAUUUAGUUUUAUUUUAGCAUGAACUGAAUUUAUACCAAAUUUGAAAUAAAGUAUGAAUUCUGUUUUCAGAUAGAAUAGUUGAAAUACAUUACUGUUUGUAGAAAACCCAGGAGUUCUUUAUUACCUCAAUGAUCUACUUUUGUAUCCUAUGGUGUCGCAAUUUACUUUUUUUUUUUUAAUCUCUCUUUUAAUUGUCAUGAAGAUCAUUUUUGUCUCACCUGCG